AUGGGCGGCGUGCAGGUACCUGAACGUCGAAAGCCCGGGGGUUCUUGCGUUGAGAUUGACAAGAGCGUCGGCAAUUGGUCAGGGACCGGUCAGAGGCCGCCAAAGAUUGUGUAUGCAUGCGGAUCCCACGCUCAACUGAGCCACGCGCUGUCUGAGUUUUACCGCACUCCGUACGCCUCAUCUGUUAGCGCAUGCGUGUUGGGGAGCCAGUCUCAUUUGUGCCUCAACCCGGCUUUGUCUCACUUGCGAGAUGCGCCGACGCACAGCCGUGUGUGUUUUAGUUUGGUACAACAGGGCAAGUGUCGUUAUUACGGCAACUCUUGCUUGCACCGGUCCCCGCUUGUCAAAGACAUCGAGGACCUGAUUCAAUGGGGCUUAUCGAACGAGGCGUGUCCGUACUUUAUCUCGAGAGAGCAACAGUCCAGAGCGGACGUUCUCUUUAUGUUUUACAGCGACCUCGUCGACAGGCGCGUUCGCGAGUUGCUUCAAGUUUGCUUGCGAGGCGCGGUCGUCAUCGUCGAUGAGGUACGCAAUAUUGAGGACGUUACGUUGGAGCGCAGUUCUUUUUCGCUUACGAACGUCGAGGUAGGACUGGCGAUAUCCGAGCUCAGGCGGUACGCGAACUUGGUGCAGCAGCGCGGCCAGAUGCGGGAAAGGAUGACGAAGCGGAGCAAAAGGCUCGACUGCGACCUAGAGAGUGAGUUGCAGCGGCUUCUCGAGGCCUUGGAAAAGCUCAAAGCCAACAUCGAGACAAGCGACUAUUUUUCGCAAAUGAGACCUGGUCAUUUGUGUGGGAAGCGCAUGUUUGACAUAUUUGAAAAAGCUGGUAUUGACUCGGAGAGCUUGCCUGGCUACAUUAAGAUUAUCGAGCACAUUGCCGCGUUUAAUAAGACAAAGCGUUGUCGUUCGCUGGACUCUUUUCGAUUUGAGAAAGAAGGCGGCCAUCUAGGCGCUGGGUGGAGCGGUCUCUCGCUUGUAGGGGACCGCCUGUCACAGCUGUUUAGAGAAAUUCCCUUGACAGAUUUUCUAGAACAUUACAGGUUGACAUUUGAGCAAGAGUACGAUUACCUGGUGUGUGACAAUGGGCCUAUAAAAAGGAUUGUCUAUUGGUGCUUGAACCCGGGAUUGGCAAUGGUUGAUUUGACGAGGUCGUGCUUGUGGAACUUGAUAUUCACCGCUGGAACGUUACCGUCAUUAGAUAUGGUCAGAUUUGAAUUUAAGCUUUCGUUUCCCGUUACAAUCUGGAAUUCUCAUAUUGUGUCUCCCUCGCAAAUAUGGGUUGGAAUCGUGUCCAGCGCGGUCGACGGAGCGGUUCUCAACUCCUCCUAUCACACGCGCUGCGACGCCUAUAAGCGGAGUCUGGGAUACACUCUGGUCAACGUCGCGCGAAUAACGAGCGGCGGCGUACUGGUUUUUUUUCCUUCGUACCGGUUCAUGGAGGAAUGUCUGAGAAUUUGGAAAGAGCCGGAAGAAGCGAGCCACGUCGCGAUUUGGAGCAACAUCUGCAAAUACAAACUUCCUGUUCGGGAGCACAAAGACCCAGGUAAGCUGAAGGCGUCGAUCAUGAACUACUACCAAAAAGUCGCGGAUCAAGGCGUCUCGGAAGCGAACGGCGCCAUUCUGUUUGUGGCGUAUCGAGGCAAGGCGUGCGAGGAAUUGGACCUUACUGACGACUACGGAAGGGCGAUCGUGGUGAUAGGAAUCCCGUACGCAUCCGGAUUUGACGAACGCGUUAAAAUGAAGCGAGCCUAUUUAGAUGAAAGAGCUGCUAAGAUGUCGUUGAGUUCCAGAAGAACCUUCACCAGCUCAGACUGGUAUAACCAGAUGGCUUGGUAUUCCAUCAAUCACGUGAUAGGGCGAAUAGUCCGGCAUCAAAAGGACUACGGCGCCAUCCUUUUCGCGGACGAGCGAUUCGCCCACGCGUCCUCUAUGUCUUAUUUGAGUCACUGGCUCCGGCCUUAUGUCAAAAUAUACGAAAAUCCUGGACAUGCUUUCAUGUCUCUGACAAAAUUUCUCACGUCUAACAAGCACUCCUUUCCAAUUGACAGAAACCCGACGUCGAUUCGUACCGACGCCGCGCAUGGAACGUCUCGCAAGCCCAAUGGCCCCACGGAUGACGGCGUGAUAAAUGCCAACGCAGCCGCUUGCCUCCAUUCGCCCGGCCUCCCUAAACCGCUAGUCCUUUUUCUGAAGCCCACGCGUGUCACCCACGAGGACGCGGAAAAAGCCGCGCAGCUGCUCAAAAACCUCAAGUGCCAGCUCACCAAAUACGAGUGGUUCGCGUUUCAAAGCCUGCUCGUACAGUUCCAGCAUCAGGUCAUUAAAAAAAAAGACUUACACCUGAAGUUUCAAAACCUUCUGUCAGAAAGACCAGAACUCAUGGCCGAAUUGCGGAUGUAUUUAAAAAAAUCGUGA